AUUAUGAAUAAUAAUGCUAAAAUACAGAAUAAUAAGAUGGUAAACUUUACUAAAAAUGAUUCAUCAUCCAAAUCAUCAUCAUCAUUAUUGUCGAUUGAUAAAAAAUCUUCAGCUAUUUUAUACGGUGUUGAUUAUCCGAAAAGAAAAUCUCGUAAAAAAAUAAUACAAGAAUCACUUAUUAUUCAACAUUGUUAUUGUAGACGACGACGAGAUUCAUACAAUAGUACGCCAAUAUCAUCAUCACAAUCAACAAUGGCAAUAAAAGCAUUAAUUCUGGCAUUGAUAUUAGUGAUAUUUAUCAAUAUGGUCAAUACCAUUUCAGCCUUAAUCUAUGAUGGUAUAAGCGAAUAUCAUGUGAUUGAAGGUGAUAGCAUAAGCUUACCAUGUAAUAUAACCAAACAUGAAUGGAAUCAAGAUCUAAUAUCAUUGAUCGUAUGGUAUCGAUCGAAAAAUCAAGGCAUACCAAUAUAUUCGAUCGAUACACGAACACAUCAACAACGUUUGCGGCAUCAAAUAAUGCCUGAAUUAAAUGGCCGUGUACAUAUGGAUUUUCAGACUGAUCCACCAGUAUUAAAUAUCGAUGAUGUUCAAAUUGAUGAUGCCGGUGAUUAUCGUUGUCGUGUUGAUUAUCGAAUGAAUCGAACCAAACAUUUUCUCAUACAUCUCAACGUAUCGGCCAUACCCAAAAAUGUUACUAUCCGUGAUUUACUUGGUAACAUAGUCCAAGGACUAAUUCGUACGCCAUACAAUGAAGGCGACAAUGUAAUAUUAUUCUGUGAUGCUAUUGGUGGUUCACCACCGCCAGUUGUGAUUUGGAAAAAUAAUGAUGGAAAAAUUAUUGAUGAUUCAUAUGAAUUUUUAAACACUGAUGAUAAUCAUACAAGAAAUCGUUUGGAAAUAACACAAAUAGAUCGAAAUUAUUUAUUAAAAGAGAUUAUUUGCGAAGCCUAUCCACCAUCAUUCAUUUCGAAAUCUUCAUUAUUAUCAUCAUCUUUUUCCACAAAUAAAUCUCAUGAAUUUAAAAUAGUUUCUGAUUCUGUUACUAAUACAACUGCUGUUACCACUACUACAACAACAAUGAAUACCUCGAAAUCUUAUUUCGGUAAUCAUCAUACAAAUCUUGAUAUACAAAAUAAAAUUAUCCAUAAUAAUAAUAAUAAUAAUAAUAAUCGUCACAUCCAUCACCAUUCAUUCGUACGACGAACAUCCGUUUUACUCGAUUUGAAUUUACGGCCAUUAUCCGUUCAAAUUCAAGUGCCAACCAAUUUUCAGGCCAAUUUAAAUCGUUCUUCAUUGUCCGGAACUUCGUCAUCAUCGUAUAUGUCUGUGCCAUCUGGUUUUGGACUACCGCCAUCAUUAUCAUCAUCAUCAUCAUCAUCAUCAUUGUCAGCAAUUGGUUUUACAACAACAACAACAUUUGGUAAUGUUUUGGUCUUGUCAGCCGGUAAAAAAACGGAAAUUGAAUGCCGUACAUGGGGAAGCCGACCACCAGCUGAAAUCACUUGGUGGAGAGGUUCUAGACGUUUACCAACUGCAGCUUCACGUUUACAUUUUACUAUUGAAAAUGGUAGUUAUGUUAAUAGUUUAUCAUUUUCAUCAGAUUUAUACGGAACCGAAUCACCAACAACAUUAUCGGAACAACAAACUUCAGCCAAUCUUUCUAUCUCAAUAUUAACAUAUAUAGCAGCACCCGAAGAUGAUGGUCAAAGGUUGACUUGUCGUGCUGAUAAUCUACAUCUAGAACAUGAAGAAAUUGAAGAUUCAGUCAUCAUUUCAGUUAAAUAUGCUCCACAAUUGACUUUAUCGUUAGGAGCAAAAAUACCUGAAAAUAUUCGCGAAGGUUCGGAUGUUUAUUUUGAAUGUGCAUCAAAAUCAAAUCCUCCAUUAUCCGAAGUUGUUUGGCUUUUUGAAGGCAAACCAUUAACCAACGAUCCGGUCUCAGGUGUUUUGGUUACUAAUCAAUCAUUAGUAAUGCAACGAGUCAGUCGUGAACAUCGUGGUAAUUAUCAAUGUGCUGCAUCUAAUCCAGAAGGAAUCUCGGCAAGCAAUAAAGUUUUCCUCAACGUACACUUUGCUCCAGUAUGUAAACCAACUCAGACUAUAAUCUAUGGUGUUGCCCGAACCGAACAAAUUCGUGUAUCAUGUGAAGUCGAAGCCGAACCGGUAACACCAAUCCAAUUCCGUUGGUUUUUUAACAACUCACUUGAAAGUUAUGAACUAUCUCGUAAAGAUUAUUCACUUGAAAUACUUUCACCUAAUUCAUCGAUUGAGAAAAGCAAAAAAUUCUUCAACAAUCCAAAUAUACUAAGUCAAUUAUCAUUGGAAAAUGUAUUCAGUACGAUUGCAUCAAUGAAUCAUCAUGAAGAACCAAGCGUCGCUCGUAGUAAUGCAACAUAUUCUCCACGUAGCCGUAUUGGUUAUGGCCUAUUAUAUUGUAUGGCCGAAAAUUCGGUUGGCAAUCAACAUGAUCCAUGCAUCUUCAAAAUUGUGGAAGCAGGUCCACCAAAUUCGGUUCAUGAUUGUCGUAUCGUUAAUGUUACAAUGACUUCAUUUAUUCUGGAAUGUAUGCCUGGUGAAAACGGUGGAUUGCGACAAAUAUUUCAUCUAGAAGUCUAUAAUAUUGAAAAAGAACAUUUACAGGCAAAUGUAACAGCACGUGAAGAACCAGUAUUCGCGGUCGAAAAUCUUCCACAUAAUACGGCAUUUAUGUUAAAUGUAUUUAGUUCGAAUGCAAAAGGACGAAGCGAUUCAAUCACAUUACGUACGGCAACCAGUGCAUAUGCUGCCAAACAUACUACCAAUGGUAAAAAGCAAAGAGCCAUCAUAUUAGAUGAUAUCAAUCAUUUGAUCAUCAAUCCAAUAUUUGGCGCAUUAAUUGUGGCCUUAAUUUCAUUGGUUCUAUUAUGUUUGGCAACAAUGGUUUUUAUACGAAGCCGAUUCUGUUCAAAUACUGAUCAAUCAUCUUCAUCGGCUAAUCAUCGAAAAGAUGCAAUACAUUUAGCCAAUAAUAUAAGCGAAGAUAAUAAUUCAAAAAAAAGUUGUAGUUCUGAUAAAAAUCAAGAUAAUGAAAAAUUUUUAUCUUUAUCGCGUUCGCCAACGUUGCCUUCUACAUCAAUGAAUCAAUUUCUUAUACGUUCACAAUUUCAUUCCAAUUCUCCAUUAAAUCCAACAGCAACAUUUUAUGAAUAUCAAACACAUAAUGUGAAUGGAUCAAAUGCUAAUCUCCACGAAAGAAAUUCUACUCCCAUGACGGAAUUAUCUUCGGUGAUUAACAAAUCACAUGCCGAAUCAAAUCCAUAUUAUAUGACAACAUCUGCUAAUACCGAAUUUAUACCACAAUCUUUGAUACAUAAUAACCAAUAUUCAACGGGUGCAAGUGACCUUAUGACCAACGCUUUUACUUAUAAUGUUGCUACGACUGGAACAAAUGCAAUUUAUCCCAUAACUAAUGAUAUUGUUAAAAUUGGCUCGAUUACCUGUCCUUAUAAUCAAACAAUCACAACGGCAUCAAGACGUGUACCUCUUUUAAGGCCAAUUGCCAUCGAAAGUAUUUCCUCGUCAACAUCAGAUAAAACAAUGGAUGAUGAAUGGACGCAUUCAAAAAAUGAUAAUACUUUUAUACAAUCUACUGAUAAUAUUCUUGUGUCAAGAACUACUCCACAAUUAGCUCAAUUUCCACCAUAAUUGCCAUGGAUGAUAUUUCGCAUAACUGGAACUGAUUUGUGAUUUGAAUCCAUUGUGCAUUCUAUAUAUUUUGAUUUAGAAAAGAUAAGACCCGGAUCAUGA